GACUUUGUCAUGGAAAGCAAAUUGCAAGCGGUGCAUACCAAAAUAUUAAAGUAUAUCAGUGUGAAAACAUGCAUGGAUUUAAUAUCCGAUGGAACACUGAGUGACGUAAUUAAAGAAUAAAAAACCUCGAGAGCCAGUAAAUAGCUUUCGGUGCGGUUUUCAUGUCCAUCAAGAGGAUAACAGCAGAGCGCCACAAAUACAAAAUCAGGAUAGAGACAGAAUGACAAAAAGAGAGAGCGAGGAGAGUGUGUGUGUGUGUGUGUGCGUGCGUGAGUGAAUGAGAGGAAACUCCCUCUUUCCUUUGCCGUCACAUUUGUCUAACCAGGCGCAUGUGAUUUUGGCGUUGGGGACGAGAUUACCCUUUGUAAUCCCUGUGUUUUGCUGCUCUUUCUAAAAGACACGAUCUCAUGAUUUUUUUUCUCCUUGCGCUGCGCUGCAGCUCUCGCCUGUUUCCCAGGUCAGCAGAAGCGCAGGCAGGUUUCACAGUCUAUCAAGGAGUCAACACUCAAUUCAGAGACGCCUGAGCAGCAGGGGCGACACGUCGGGAAGGGAAAGGGAGGAUGGCAGCUCUAAGUCUGGGGCUCAGUGGAGUCCGGAAGAGGGCUGCCGCUAGGUGCAGCGCCGUGGAGAGGAAGAAUCUGAUUACCGUCUGCAGGUUCUCUGUGAAGACACUGAUUGACCGCUCAUGCUUUGAGACCGUAGAUGACUCCUCUCCGGAAUUCACCAACUUUGUGUCCAUCCUGGAGCAGAUCCUCAGUCACCGGCUCAAAGGCCAGCUGAGCUGGUUUGGAUAUGAGAGUGCUCGGAGUUUCUGGGACUACAUCCGGCUGGCCUGCAGUAAAGUCCCCCAUUCCUGCAUCCACAGCAUCGAAAGCAUGGAAAACGUCCGCAGCUCUAGAGCCAAGGGGAGAGCUUGGAUCAGAGUGGCUCUAAUGGAGAAACGCUUGUCUGAGUACAUCUCCGCUGGGCUGAGAGACAUCAAAACCACCAGGAGGUUUUAUGAGGACGGGGCGAUCAUGUUGGGGGAGGAGGCAGGGCUGCUGGCCGACACCCUAAUCGGGCUCAAUGCUAUCGACUUCAGUUUUUGUCUAAAAGGUGAGGGCCUGGAUGGAAGCUUUCCUGCAGUCAUUGACUACACACCAUACCUCAAGUUCAUCCAGACGUCAGACAGUAUCAGCAGUGAUGAGGAGGAGAUGAGAACCCUGGGCAGCAGUGGCAGUGAAGCCAGCACCCCGGAGUCCAACAUGGCCGCCGCCCUCCUGUGCGACCAGAGCAGCUGGUUCAGCAAGUGCAAACGGGUGGAGCAGAAGUACAGAGUGGUGCUGGAGCAGAAGGGCUACUUGGAGGAGUUGGUGCGUCUGCGGGAGGCCCAGUUGGCUGAGUGUGUGUCUCAGAAUAAAGUCCUGAUGCAGCGCUUCUCAGACACGGAGCUCAGCCACAAGCUGGAGAAAGAGCAAUUUGAAUUCAUCAUACUGGAGCUACAGGACCAGCUGACGGUGCUGAAGAACCAUGACCUGCGCUCCAGACAAGAGUUGACUGCACACCUGACCAAUCAGUGGCCUUCACCUGGAACCAUUGAUACUAAUGCCGUUGCCCUGGAUACACUCCUGUACAGGAAACACACAGGACAGUGGGAAGAAAAAAGCUUUCAGAGUCUGGAGCAGCUCUCUGUGGACAUGAGUCUGUCCCAGACAUCUCUUGAUCCCGCACAAGCACACUCACACACACACAGCCUUGAGGGCAAGGCCAGCCUCACACACUGGCACAGAGAAGGUAAAGAGGACACUCCAUCAUUACGUGGGCUCUGCGGCUCUCUGACGUCUGUGGGCAGUUUUAAGUCUCUGACCAGUCUCAAGUCCAGUGAGUGUUUGGCCAGUCCCACCACCGAGAUCACCAGUCCAGGCCUCACGCCCUCAUAAACCCCCUCUGACUAGAGCCUUAUUCAAAAACCACUGUAGACCACAACCACACCUAAACCUCCUCGAGCCCCCAGAAUCAGAAACCGGAUCUGCCCUCCCUGUGACUUCAUAUUACAAACACUUCAACAUGAACGCAUGAACCAUGAGCCCAAGACACAAGGUUGGCAUCUGCAUUCACCACAAUAUCUGGUGGAUAUCUGGAAAGAUCCAUGGCUUCACGUAGUACCCUCAUCAGGCACUAGUUUAGACUGAAAUGCCAUUGGACAGACUGAAACGUAAUACCUCCUCAUUGGUCAAGUACUGGUGAUGAACACCAUUGUGGCCACUGAGGUUGUUAAUGUGGACUACCACUGACCUCAGUUUUAAGAUGGUAAACACACAGGACUUUUUUUUCUCUGUCGUGUCUGUGUGUGUUUUUCAUCUUUGUUGCUGUGGCAACCAUUGUGUUUUGCUGAGAUGAAGAUUAAAAUUUGGGCCACUACAGAGACAGAAGGGUCUGUAAGAUUCAAGGGGUUCAGAUCCCCAUACAAAUGAUCUGUCCAUUUGUUGAGAAGAGACAUUUAAAUAAUGUGUGUGGGUAUGAAGUAAUCUGAUCGCUUUAGGAUAUAAGGUGCUAUCCGUCCACAUUUUUGAGCCAAUACGGUAGGAACAGAGUGUACAGAAAUCAGGAUCCUUCCUCUCAGACAGAGAGAGAGAAAGAGAGAGAGAUAAAUAGAGAGAGAGAGAUUGUCUUUCCUUUAAUAUAUCAAUUCUUAUUAAAACAGGCCCUUGUGAUCUCUUCAGGCUCUCAUAUCCUGUAGUAAUAUCUUUCACACAUAGACCUACCACAUACACCUAAUGUAUGUUAGGCCACAACUUAAAGAGGCAUUGACACAAUUUAUCAGGCUAACUAGUUAUAAGCCAGUUGUUACGUUUCUUAAAUUACUCCACUGAUCCAUCCAAUGAUGUGUAUUGGCGAUAUAUUUGGCAACGCCGGGCUUUAAAAACUCUUACUUGUAUGCAGUGUUUCUGACCAGAAUGACAACACCACAUUGUCAAUAGCCUGGGCGGCUAGUGCAAGCGACAGGUAUUUUUUUUAUCUCUCCUUCACAUGACGGAAUACUUUUCAAAUGAAUAUGAGGAUGUAAACUUGUUACCUACAACCUUGUUUUGUUACCUUAAAAAUGGUAAAAAAUUAAAAAGAAAUAAGAAGAAAUUAUCUGCAUAAUGCGGUUUUGAGUAGUGUGUGAUUUUAAAAUGAUCAGUGUAGAUCCCUCUGUGUGUGUGUGUGUGUGUGUGUGUGUGUGUGUGGUCUUUGCUUUGUGGGAAUUCAUCAUUUUAAUCAGACCCCAAAUCAUAUUAGACACCGCUGGGACAGCGUUUCUAUGGCAACUCCUCAACACCACGAGAAGUCCGAUGCCAUUCGGUUAUGGUGUAAUCCCUUUCUACAUCAUGUGAUUACAGGAAAUGAAAUAUUUUGAAUUUCUUACAAAACUGGAGACCAGCUCAAAAUAUAAAUCAUGCACCCCACCUGCUUAUUGAUCUGGCAAACCUAGCCACGAUGCCACCAUCAUACUGAUAUGAACAGUUUGACUACUUAAAAGCUCCAAUUCCACUGAUGUCGCAAAUGGAAUGUUUCAAAGUAAUCUGUGUCAUUCUUCAUUGGAAAAUCUGAUAAGAUAUGCAAAAUGUUUGUAUUUUAAAGCUAUCUAAAUUAGAGAAUUAUUGGCAAAUAUAACCCUGUCUGCCUUUCUUCUACCAUCAGAUUGGUAUAAUAUACCAGAUAUGACAUAGCAGUAUCAUUCAGUAUGACAAUAUGAUUGGCUUAAUGUUUCAUCUGGCAAGAUGUAGACUCAAGUUGCAAAUAGACUCAGAUAUAUGAGUAAAAUGCCCUGGCCAAGAUGAGAUACAUUUAUAGUCGUUUCAUUCGUUCAAUAAUACGUCUGACAAGUUCAUUUUACACUUGAAAACUGCUACAGCGUUGACUGUAUUUUGCAUUUGAAUAAUUUAAUGUAAAUUACAUUCAUCAUUUCAGAUAUGAGAAACUCUCUAAUCAUCAGUGGGACUCUAGAUGAUAAAUAAUUUCCAAAAUGUGGCUGUGAGAUUUCAGAAAUUGUAAUUGAGGUAAAGACACGGCUGCAGUGAGACCAAUCGGAGAGCUCCAAGCAGCUUGGGGAAAUCAGGGAUUGGAUAUUUAGAGUCAGUCAAAUUUGUGGGCAUAACUCAAUGGUGUAGUUGGAGCGGGGCGAGGGAGGAGAAAGAGGAGAGCAGAGGGGAUUGUGUUCAUAUCUGUGGCUAGCGCUCGCUUCAUCCAUAGGCCUUGCACUUUGAUUUUACUCAGUGCCAGGGUCCUCUAUGAUGUCAUAGGCUUCUCAUUGGCUUAGUGGUAAUCACUGUUAUUCACCUGCACUUUCAACAUGAUUGGGCCAGAUUGUUAAGACACACACACAGUAGCCUAGAGCAAAUUAAACUGGACUGAACUGGAAUGUGAGGGUUGAUAUUUUUAUGAGCUGUUGUAGUUGGACUAAACGGGUUAUAUACAGUAUGUCUGAACUGGGUAGGUGUGGGCAUGUAAGAACAGUGUAGCUCCAUGCAAGCACAUUACCAUUUCACACCUAAUGCCAUUUACCCAACAUUGGGUGGGUCAGCAGUAAGUGUCAGGAAGAAAGACUAUUAUUUAAAGAGGAAGUGAUCCAUGUGUUUUGUAAAGUCUGUAAAUAAAUCUCUCACUUUCAAGGACAGAGUUGCACGGGAGAGGACUUGCUCUCUGCUGCGUGUUCCUUUCAUUACUGCUUGUCUCAGCAGCGCUACUAUUAUGAGGCCUUUUAGAAAAGCUUGGCUGGGUCAGUGAGAAAUGACUCAUCAUUUUACUCACCGAAAGGAAAUGUUUACAAAUGAACGUAAUGUGAAUGUAUUUUUGUUUUAAUAACUCCUACUGACCCAGCUUAUUCUAUUAGUAGGUAUGUCAUAGUCAGUUGUCCAUCAGUCCACAGGAAGUCAUAGACGAAAAUAAACAGUCUCUCUUAAUGACCUGACUAUGGCACUUUGAGACAGACAAGCAGGCAUAUAGUCUAGAGAGAGUAUACUGUAAUAAUGUAUGUCUGGCUCAAAAAGGCUAAAAGAUGAAUGGUAAAAUAAACAAUCUUAUUACUCUUAACAGAUGCAGUAAUCCAUACUUCACAACCUUCAGCCAGCCAUUUGGAAGAGCCACACAUAUGGACUUAUGAUUUAGCAUGACUUUUAGUUAUGCCUAUUUACCAUAACUUACAAUAACUUGCACAACAUCUGUCUCACAAACACACAGUGCUACUGGAGGCUUUGGCAUGGUCCCUGUAGGAUAAUGUGUUAACCAGAUGGAGACUAGUAUAAACAAAGAUCUCGCAGACAGCAGGGGUUAUCCAAACAGUAAUGUAUACAGUGAAAACAACCGCAAGAGGCUGUUCCCUGUUGUGGUUUGGUGGAUUUUCAGCUCUCAUUUCUGUUGCCGUCGUUCAGUUCUCGUGUCUUGUUUGAGUCCCCAAACAAGUUGAGAUGUUUUUUUUUUUGCUUGUUUGUUAUUCUUGAGCAUCUUCCAAAACCCCUAAUGGACACAA